AGGGUACAAUCCCCUCUCUUCCCUACGCUUUGUGCUUGAUGAUGCUCUCUGGUUACGAGGGAGUUUUCUGCAUCGGAGUUUAUGUUACUUACUUAUCAGCAAAUUUUGCAACUAGGUUUAGAGUUUGGUGGCACCUCACAAAAAAACCCACCAAAUCAAUAUACUAGAUUUUUUCGACAGAGUAACACUAAGAUUUGCGAAGUUUUUGCUGGGCUGUUUUGUCUAAUAGGAUAUCGCAGUGAAGUGUCUCGUGGUAUCUAUGUUCUGGAGAGCAGAAACUUUCACGUGCUUAGGUCGAGCUAGGGUCUAGGGUUAUAAUCCGUGGAGGGAACGGAGACGAUCUGAUGAUUCAAUGCAAGUUUGAGAUUUCCAUUUGUUUUCGAAUAUUUUACGUCGCAAAUUGUGAUUUGUAAGGGUUUUCCUCCAAGGCAUGUAGGAAAGUUUUUUUUUGUGUACUCAAUUCCUUCCGAGGGGCAUAGGAAUAUGGCGCUUGUUAUCAUCUGCGGACAACCAUGCAGUGGAAAAUCAACUGCUGCAGCAUGUCUUAUGAAAGCACUUGAGAAGACUAUUAACAUGCCAGUAGUUCUAAUUGACGAACCUUCGCUCAAUUUGGAUCGUAAUAGUGCAUAUCAAGAUAUGCCUCGAGAGAAGAACCUGCGCGGGAUGUUGCGGUCUGCAGUUGACCGAGCUGUGUCAAUAGACACAAUUGUCAUUGUAGACUCCCUUAACAAUAUCAAGGGAUACAGAUAUGAAUUGUGGUGCUUGGCCCGUGCAGCUGGGACGCAUUACUGCGUGUUGCAUUGUGUUGCAGAUGAAGCACAAUGCCGAGCAUGGAACGAAGAUAGACGAUUAAAGGCGUUGCCCGCUUACGAAGAUAAAAUAUUUAAUGACUUGGUGAGAAGGUUCGAAAGACCCGAUGGAAAAAACCGAUGGGAUUCUCGUCUUUUUGAACUUCAUCUCGGCAAAGAAGAUAUUCACGAAGACUCUCAAGCUAUUGUUGAAGCUGUCAGCUUUCUUACUGGUAAUAAAAAUGUUGGGGGUAGUCGGAACCCUCAAAAGCUGCAACCCACAAUUGCCACACAGAAUCCACGAACCUCGGAGACUAAUUCGCUUUAUGAACUAGAUCGGGCUACACAGGAAAUUGUGUCGAUUGUGGUGGAUGCUCAAGCGCAAGGUGUUGGUGGUUUAGUGCGCAGUGUUAAUCUGGGAGAAGGACUGCCUAUCAUCAAUCUACAGCGGAGUGUGGGCCUACCUGAGCUUCGUCGACUUCGUAGAACCUUCCUCAAAUUGGCUGGGCAGUCAAGCCUGUCAGGACCUCCUCCACCAUCAGAUACGAAAAGCGCCAAACGAAUGUUUGCAGACUAUUUGAAUCGCGAGUUGUCUGCAAAUUUGCUGUAGUGCUCACGGCACAACUCUCGUCGAAGGCACAAGAAAGUGUAUGCAACUUUUUAGCGACUUUCUAACUGUUGUUUUAAAUGAAAGUUCUUUAAUGUCUUGUCUGAUGGUUUUUAGUUGAUUGAGAUCACUUGGUACACGAAUGAACGAAGCACGUCUUUCUGAGGCGAUUUAUCUAAUUCAAAAAUCAAUUUGUUUUAUUGUGUUCAAAUUUUUCA